AUGUCUGAAGGAAAACUAUACAGCCAAGGUGCAUCAUAUUUCUCCCUUCCGUUGCCAUUGUGGCAGCAGCCUGUGAGCUAUAGGACAGCUAAAUACGAGCAGCUGAAACAGCGAGGGAGAUUUCGACGAGUACACGAUGGAAACAGCAAUAAGGAGCAGGACGAGGAGAGCAGUAAUGACAAUGAAACAGAAAGCGCGAUAGAAAGCGAACCUGGGAAGAAGGACAAACAUCGAAAAAAACGUGGAUUGAAGCCUAGACCUCCCCUGAUCCUUUCCCCUGGGGAAGCACAUCAGUAUAGGAUCUCAGGGCUACCAAAUUACCGCGAGCUACCAGGUGGAGGAUUCCCUCACAAGGCUGGCUUGGGAGACCUACAUUCAACCGAUAGUGACGAUGAAUCUGAGGACAACGACUAUGGGGACAAUACCACGGCCCCGGCAAGCAAACGACGAAAUAAAACUAGGAUAAUAAACAGCAGACAACGGAUAGAAGAGGAUCUAUCCCAAUUGAACCCCCCACUGUACCUGGCUGGUGGCAACCCUACGAAGAAAAAUACCCUACGUCUCCGCCAUCUAAGCGUUGUGACCACUAUUCUACAUCGUUGCUUAAUGGAAGGAGACUAUGUCCGUGCCGGCAGGGCUCUGGGCCUCAUCCUUCGAGAUAAUUUUGGUGGGCAUCCGGCGGAUGUACGGAGCUCGGGAAGAUGGGCAACUGGAGCAGAAAUACUACUGUGGAAUGGUUCUGGCGGUAGUGAACCAGAAGACGUAACCGAAGGACUUGGAAAGAUGGGUAAAAGUAGUGGAUGGUUUACAAGGGCUGGAUUUGAGCGAGCAAGAGAGUAUUACGAAAGGCUUAUAAUCCAGUAUCAAUAUCGGAAGAUGGCGCCAAACGCGCUAAGUCCGCUACACUUCUAUCCAGCUAUGUUUGGGUUGUGGAUAUCUGUUGCCCAAGAAGAGAGUCGUCUUGCAAGGAAAAACACGGAGUUGGCCGAUAGCCUAGACGUGUCUGUCACUGGUAGUGACGGCUGUUAUGAUCCCAACCUUGGAAUGCAGGACGAUCUAGAGGAACAGAAAUUAACAACUGGCAAUUCAGCAUUAAUUAUUGCUGCCCGGACCAAGGAGCUUGAAGAUGCCAGGCAGAUCGCAGUACAGAUGGACGAGCUGCUUGUUUCACCUCCCUUUUCAGAUAGCCACGAGUUACUUAGACUGCGGGGAAUGGUAUCCCAGUGGAUAGGUGAUCUUUACGUCUCUUCAGUUGUGCCCACAAACAAUGGUUCUGGCCUCCCUGAUGCUGAUGAAGAAUAUGGAGACGGCCUUUCAGUUGAUGAUUAUGGAAAUGCCCGCCUUGAUGCCAAGAUAUUGAGGAUGGAAAUCAAUUCGGCUAAGGAGAAAAGGGCUGCAGAAGCCGAGAAGGCUCAAUCGUUUUUCGACAAAGCACAAGCUAGAUUGGAUCGGACUCGAACAUUUAAUACUUAG